AUGACAUUGUUCUCACCGGGUACACGGUACGUCACACGCGCCAUGCACGCUCGCCAUUGGAAGUCACCGGGUACCGCCAGUGAGCACUACGUGAAGGCGUUCAAAUGCCCCACGCUGCCGUCCGUUGACGACAUUGUGCUCACGGGGCACACGGGCCGGUGGUACGAGAUCGGGUCGACGGCGCGGUUCCGGUUCACGUUCGAGCUAGGGCUGGCUUGUACCACGGCCAACUACACGGCCAAGGGUGUCACGCCCAGCGGCCGCAACAAAGUCAAGGUGGUCAAUCGCGGCAGGCGAAGCGUUGCUCUCCCGCGUCGCUCGCAGAUCUUCACCACCUCGUUAAACGCCAAUCGCAUCGCCAGCAAUCUCAGGAUCGUCUGUGGGGCCGCCAACACCGCCACCACAGCGAGUGCUCAAGCACAAACCCUCCUCUCCGCAAAUGCCGCCACGAACAGCAGCGCUGAAUCCCUCGCUGUGGCCGAUAAACUCGCCGCAUUUGCCACGUCGGUUUCCUCAGAUGCAGAGAUGAUAGACAAUGCAUUGAGGGAUUUUCAGACGGAAGCCGACAAGCUGAACAAACGCGGGCAGCCCAAGGGGUUUAGCGCCUCGAAAAGCAAGAUGCUCAAGUCCAUCUCCAACAUCCAGGGCGCCGCUGGGCGAAUUCUGCAAGCGGCAUUCACCGGGAAGACUGCAGCACAGGGGCUGUCUGGCGCGCUGAGAGCCAUGGGUGGGCAGGGUGCAGAGACUGCUGCGAGUGGGCUGGGCUCACUGGUGGGGAACACGAGGAUAAUGUUUGCUGCCACCAGCAUUGUGCGGCUAGCUACAGUCAUGGUCGCACCCACGGUCGCCAUGGUGCCAUCGCCUCUCAGAAGCCUUACACAAGGCUUCAUUCGCGGCAAGGCCUUGCAAAGCAAAAAGAACCCUGGCCGGCUGUCUGUGACCUUCUUUGGCCCAGCGCCAACGACGCCCAACUACUCUGUGUUCAACGUGCAAGGAAUUGCAUCGGGCUACACCCAAGCAACUGUGAUUGACACAAGUGGAGGCGAGGCCACAAUUUGGCUUCUGGCUCGCACACCUACAAUACCGCAGUCUGAAAUAGAUGCUGCGUUGGCGCGUGUUACUGAUGCUGGAGUACGACUAACAGGUUUUGAGGAGAGAGGGGUGGAGGACGUAACGUGGGCGAAGGUGCUGAAGAUGAUGUGA